CAAUAUAUGCCGCAGAUGACCGUUUGCGUCGUGUGAAGAUACUGUGGCUUCUAUCACAAGGCAGUAUUAUGUCUCGGAGGUGUGGAUGGUGGUUUAUCUUCUCCAGAGGUUUGUCUGGUGAAAUUGCAUGUGAUGUUUAGCAGUAGAGCCAUUUCGCUGUUCGGCAGCUGCCGCGAUGGAAAGUGCAAACGCAGAGCAACAGCGACCUCGUUGGCGCCGGUGGAGGAGGAGGACUCUGCGGGUUUCCCGUAGGCUGCUCUGCUGCUCAUGUUGGCGCGGUGAGGAGAGGGAUCCUCUGCAGCAGCAGGAAAGGAAGAUCAAUGGGGGCUCUCGGCAUCCACACUUGGAUCAGCGGGGAUCAGGUGAGAGGGAGGCUAUCCAGAUUACGGUAGAGGACCUGGGGAUAGUUAACACCGGCUUCAGCCUGUGCGAGGAGGACACCCCGACCUCGGGCAACAGCACGGCCCGCUCAGCUAGCUCCGUGUCCGCCUGCCUGAGGGCUCUGAAAAAGAAACGACUGGGGCCUCUGUUUUCACUCCCUAUGGACAUGCAGGGAAAACUGGCCAUCACUUCUACCAGUGGAGAAGGUGGUGAUGAAGAGGACGACGACCCGCUGGUGUUUGAGAGUGGCACUGAUGUCACGCCAGCUCCUGGAAGCCUCCUAUCACCGCCCGUCAUUAAUCUGAUCCCACCCACUCCAUCCGAUGUCGUUGACGACGAUCAGUUCUUUGACGUUAAUUUGGAAGACAUUGUGGCAAACGAUGCUGUCAGCGGUGGAAGCUCUGGUGCUGGUGACCACGAGCGCUACGAGGAAUCGAUGAAGGGUGCCGAGGCAAAGGUGUCAACCGUGGAAUUUCCACCGGCAGAGAGUAAGGUCAGUGCUGAUGAUUCAGCUGGGCUUGAAGAGGCCCCACGUGACGGGUCUGGAGAAGAAGAAGAGGCAGAGACAACCAAAGAUGGGGACGAGGAGAAAACAAAGCCAAGGCUCUUACGUUGUGCGUACCAGGUGGCUCCUCUCCCUAAGUACACUCAGAAAAAUGAACUGAGCAACACAGAUGUGAACUGCUCCGACAUGCCGAAAGCUGAACUCUGCCUGCUUCCUGCCAACAUGGACACAUUUACUCACCAAAGGAGGCUCAUAACGCGCUCCUGCAGUCUUGAAGACACACCGACCAGGAGCGCCACUUUCCACGCUUUGACCCAGACCACAGACCACCAGGAAGAUGAGAGGUCGCUCCAACAGCGCCGCAUAACCGUUGCAUCAUAUAUGCCUCAGUCUCAGGAUCAGAAUGGAAACUUCCCUGAGAAGGACGUCGACAGGCAAGUGGCCAAAUGUCUUGGGGAACUGAGCACAGAUGAAGUCUGCCGCUGGUUUACCAAUAUCGGACUGCAGAAAUGUCUUCCUUUCAUCCGAGAUGUAAACCUGUGUGGAGCAGACGUAGCAUCGGUGGAUGUGAACACUCUGGACGUCCUGCACAUCACCACCCUGGAGGAGAGGGAGAAGCUGCUGUCUGCCGUUUAUAAGGAGCUGCACCCUUCCAGCCCAAUCACCCAGAGACUCGACUCUCUGCUCGAUUCGUUGGGCCCGAACAGUGUGGAGACAUUCACCGCGACAUUAGUGUCAAUGAGCAAAUCUAAGUCCUCUCCACAUGUGAGCUGCCUGAGCAUGAAUCGGCGUUCCCUAAAGCGCAGAAACACCAGCCAAACCCCCUUGGCACAGAGGAAUUCUCAGCUGAUCGAGAUAGCAAUUAAUGCAUCAGAGCGGAUAGUUCAUCUCCGAACCCCAAAGGAAACAACGGUGGGGAAAAUCAUGGAUUCAUGCAUCAAAAUGUUGGGAAUGACAGAAGACAGGAGCCUUUUCAUACUGAGAGAAAAGCAAGGUUCAUCGGAAGACCUCCCCCCAGAUCAGCUGAUCGCCAGCCUACUGACAUCGACAUCAGAGGACAGGCAGUUGGAGCUGCACUUGUGUAAAACGGACGGGUCAUCUGGAACCAUAGCAAAACAAAAUCCAGGAGUCCACAGCUCUAAUGAGAAUAACAACAUCAACAAAAAUGCCCUGGUGAACCGGCCAGCCAAAGAAGAGAGGAUCAAAGAACUAAACCAGCAGGUGGAAUCGCUCCAAAAUGUCAUCCUUCAGGUCCAGGAGCUCCACCACGGCCUGGUGGCAUUUUGCUCAGAGAUAAAGAACAUGGAUGGAGACGUGGAUGUGGACAGGCUUAGCUCCGCUGAGCUGAAGGAGAGGUCGCAGUUGGUUAAAAGCCGCCUGAAUGACAAGAGGCGGAGCCUGCAGACCCUCAGAGACAACAUUAACGACUCCACUGCUCACAAAAAGAAACAGUUGGACGUACGUCUCUUGGAAAAGAUGAAACUGAACUGCCAGGUGUUUAAGGAGGAAAUUUCCAUGGUACAUCUCAAUCGGCAGAUGGCACACCUCCAAAAUGCUUUGCAAGAAAGCUACGUUAAGGAGAAAGUUCAGAGAAAAAGUUUGGCCAUUGGUAGCCUGAGCCAGCUGGUGUCCCCGCAGUCUCCUGCCAUGCUGCUGGUUGUGCAGGAGAACCGAAACCCCGAUGGCCAGUACGGCUUCUCGUGUUGCUACAGGGAAGGCAGCGGACUACUGGUGGUCAAGGUGGAAAACUGCCAACUCUGUGUUGACGACAGGCUGGUGGAGGUGAAUGGUGUGCCGGUGGUUAACUCUACACAGGAAGAGCUGACCACCAUCUUACUGGAGGGACCCAGCGCCAAUAUUGUUGUCCUUCGCCAGCCCCCGCUCCCCCCCACCUCCGUAGUCCUGCAGCGCAUCAUCACCUCUGAUCCCGAGCAACAGCUCUCUCUUGCCGACUUAGACCGGGGUGUGGUUCCAGUUGAAACAACUCCUCGACGGAAGGUGGUGGCCAUCUGAUGAUACGACAGAGAGAGAAAAAGACCAGCGCAGAGACUUGAGGGUUAAUGAUAUCUGACUGUGGAGCCAUGCAGCGAAAUGCCCUCUUUUGUUAGUUAUUUAACUCUAAAUAUAAAUAUAUGUUAUUGAAAAUGUCAAUGUGUUGAAAUGAUAGACGUUUAGUUAGGAACAUCCAAUAGUAAUAUAGCUGUGUUGUUAUGUGACGUUUUCCUCGACUAAGCCUCAACACAUGUACACAGCGUUGUGCUUGGCAGAUAGAACAGUUAUAUUUGAUCCAUAUUGUUGCAAUGUAUACGGAGAACCAUGCCUGUGAAAAAAACUUAUUUCCAGAAAAACACAUGAAACCGAACCACAUUGACUUCUUUCUAUUUGCAUCUCCUCUUGUGCUACAUCAUAUUUUGUGCCAUGAGGGAAAAUGAAUAGUACAGGAAAGACAAGGAGGCAGAGCCUGAUAAGGACAAUGCAUGCUUCAUCUUGUACAACUAUAAUUGAAAAUAUGUGAAUCCUGUCUAUAGUUACUGUAACAUAUCGUGUAAAGAUACAUCCAAUAGCUUUGUAUCCUGUUUCUCUUAUUAGAAUAGAGACUUGUACGGCUACAACAGUAUUCGGAGCAAAAACAUGAGUCACGUCCCUUUUUUUGGAUGUUGUAAUGUAAUCCACUGUGCUGCAGGAAUAAACCCUUGGGCCCGGAAAUGC